ACUUUUGCGUAAAUUCAUAGUGAAGAAGGUUCUAUGCUUAUUUCGUUCUACGAAACGUCAGUCGUCAUUCGCUAUCGAGUUUUAAUACGCUAAGGUGCUCGUGUCGCGUGUUCAAAAUUGUUUUAUCGUUGUUUCUAGAAAACUACGCUUUUACUGUUAUUCCCUGUUACCUAAAACGUUAGCCCUGAUUAAGGUGACAAGAUGGUGAAGGAAACAACAUACUAUGAUAUACUUUGUGUAAAACCAAAUGCCACAUCAGAUGAGCUUAAGAAAGCAUACAGGAAAUUAGCCCUUAAAUAUCACCCUGAUAAAAAUCCAAAUGAGGGUGAGAGGUUUAAACAAAUUUCACAAGCAUAUGAAGUCCUUUCAAACCCAGAGAAGAGAAAAAUCUAUGACCAAGGUGGAGAACAAGCCCUCAAAGAAGGUGGUGUUGAUGGCGGUGGCAUGUCAUCACCAAUGGACCUCUUUGAUAUGUUCUUUGGUGGAGGCUUCAGUGGUGGAAACAGACGUGGUCGCGAGAGGAAAGGCAAAGAUGUAGUCCAUCAGUUGUCAGUUACUCUAGAAGAACUGUACCGAGGUGCUGUCAGAAAACUGGCAUUGCAGAAGAACGUCAUUUGUGACAAAUGUGAGGGCAGGGGUGGAAAGAAGGGUGCAGUUCAAACAUGUACCACCUGUAGAGGCACUGGUAUGCAAGUACAGAUUCAGCAACUUGGUCCUGGAAUGAUACAGCAAAUACAGACAAUUUGUGGAGAAUGUCGGGGAAAGAGAGAAAUCAUUGACCCUAAGGACAGGUGCAAAGUUUGUCAGGGCCGUAAGACAGUACGUGAUCGCAAGAUUCUAGAUGUGCAUGUAGACAAGGGUAUGACUGACGGUCAGAAGAUUGUCUUCAGCGGUGAAGGUGACCAGGAGCCAGAUUUGGAACCUGGAGACCUGAUUAUUGUACUUGAUGAGAAGGAGCAUGAUGUUUUCAAACGUACCGGCAAUGAUCUGAUUGUGAGGCUGAAUAUAGAAUUAGUGGAGGCACUCUGUGGUUUCCAAAAAGUGAUUAGAACUUUGGAUGAGAGAGACAUUGUGAUUACCGUUUUGCCUGGAGAAGUCACCAAACAUGGGGAAGUCAAAUGUGUUCUUAAUGAAGGUAUGCCAAUGUACAAAAAUCCAUUUGAGAAGGGUCUCCUUAUCAUUCAAUUCCUAGUUAAUUUCCCGGCUCGAAUUCCACCUGAGAUCAUUCCAGCUCUUGAGAACUGCCUUCCCCCUAGACCAAGGGUUGAGAUUCCGGAAUUGGCUGAAGAGUGUCAGCUAGCAGAACUGGAUCCGGAACAAGAAAUGAGGAGACGGCGACAGCAGCACAACACCUAUGAUGAAGAGGAGGAUGGCCCUGGAAUGAACCGUGUGCAGUGUGCCACAAGCUAAGAUAAUUGCUGAGUUCAUCAGAAGCCUUAGAAAAAGAUCUAGAUAUAAUUGUUUUCCCUAAACACUGACGCAUGUAUUGGAAUUUGUAUGGCAUUGUAUUUUAAUAGUUUAAUUAUAACACUAUCAUGACGCAUUUCCAUACAUUUUAAUGAUCACUUCUUUAAGUAUUUUACUUAUAUAUAACUUGGUCUAUACAUAAUAAUAAACUUUGCUACAUUUGAAUAUUCAUUUUUCAUUUAUGCAAGUUAAUUUUAUGUGAAAAAUAUACUUAAGGGUUGUUUAUAUCUAGACAUUAAAGUGUGCCAGACACUAUACACUUUUUUCUUUUGGUACCUCUCCAUUACUGGAUAUUGGCAGUCAGUUUCAUGCGUAGAGUGUCUUGUCCCGGGACAGAUGCAGCAAUUCUUGUGUAGUUGCAAUACCCAUCCACUCCGUAACCUUAAUUAUGAUAAUUUAAAGGAAUAGGCUGACAUGACUUUGUCCUCUUUAUGUUGUGCUUAAGUUUUUUUGACAUUCCAACUCAAAGUUUCUCGUUAGAGAAUCCUAUACACACCACAGAUAGAAUUCAAUUGAAAAUUUGUAAACGUUAAAAUGUGUUAUUUUACAAUAAGAAUCGUUAUCUUGAAUAGAAAAUUCUAUUAAUGCUAAAUCUAGCGCCAUUUCCUAUCCGUCAGCAUUGAAAAAGUUAUUGACUAUAUUCUGGUACUUUUAAAAAUAUUUUGUCCUGCACACUGUGUCUGAUAUAAACUGAUCACUGGAAAUUAUAAAAUGUGUUUCUGUCGAAAUUAGACAAUUUAAUUUUAAAAGUUACUAGUAUCUUUAGUGAUAAUUGAUUUAUGCAAUAGUUAUCUUUGAAACUAAUAGGUCCGGGGCGUCAUGAAGACUAGUAUCAUUCAAAGUUCUGUGAUUUUAAUUUUUCUAGAAUAUUACCUAAGUUAAUAUUAAAGACAAGUCAUCAAAGGUGAUAUUGUAUCUGACAAAUUUAUAUAUAUAGUAUUAUUAUAUACUGAAAACUGUAGUAUAUAAAUCCAUAAUUAUCUAUUGGGAUAUCUAUAAACAGAGGUGUAAAGCAAACAGCAUUUUACAAGAUAACAUAUAUCGAUAUUGUCUUUGAUUCACUGGUCUCGUCUGAAUAAACACUAGCAUAAUUUAUAUUUUAACUUACUAAAGUUAAUAGUUUUUGGUGACUGUUUGAUCAUGUAAUAUAGGGCCUGGUAGAAAGAAUUGAAUUUGUGUAACUGCUUAAAUUUGUUGUAACUCAAUAAAUAAACAUUUAAAUACA